AUGUUCAUCAAGCUGUCCAUCUUGAGCUUCUUCCUUCGCUUCUCGGUGGACAGGGCCUUCCGUAUGGCCGUAUAUAUCGUCAUGUUCAUCUCGGUCGGCUACAGCGUACCCCAGAUAUUGCUGUUUCUCUACGUCUGCACCCCAAUCGGGUCCUACUGGGACUGGAGCAUACCCGGCACAUGCAUCAAUCAGCAAGCCAUCUUCGACGCGGGAAACACCUUGAACAUGAUAACGGACUUUAUGAUUCUGUUGUUGCCCAUCUGGAUGCUUCGUCCAAUGCGCGCCCCGCUGACGAAAAAGAUUGGGGUUUUGCUGAUUCUCAUGGCUGGAGGCUUCGUGUGCGGUGUUAGCUUGGUGCGCAUGAUCACUGGUAUGACGGGCGCCAACAACCCGGAUAUCACUUGGCACUACCCGGUCAAUCUGAUUUGGUGCCUCGUCGAAGAAUACAUCGGCCUCAUCUGCGCCUGCCUACCCUGCCUCAAAGCCUUCUACAAACGCUUCUACCCCAACUUUUUCCUCUUCUCUCUGGACCUCGACCAGCGCGUCGCCGCCUCCUUCUCCUUCUCCUCCUUCAACAUCCAGACUCAGCCCAACGCCAACGCCAACGGCAGCGACAGCGAGAGCAACAACAACCACAACAACAGCGGCGGCGGCAGCUCGGCCACUCGCGACGGCGGCCGCAAGGCCUGGUGGUCGCUGCGGAGGGCGGGCCUGCCGGCGUCGUCGGCUGCUGCUGCCACCGGGGAGGAUCCCCGGGGGACUCGGGAGGGGGAUGCUUCUUCUUGGGGGGCGGGGAAGGGGGGGUCGGUGGAUGGGGAUGGGAGUGGUGGGGAGGAUGUGGAGGCUGCGAGGGGGGUGCCGGAUGAGAAGACUAGUGUUGGGGGGGGUGACGGCGGGGGAGGGCUUUGA